AUGACAUUAGAAACAAAAGAAUAUACUGAUGUGUUGAUUGUGGGUGCUGGUCCCGCUGGGUUGAUGUUAGGUGUUGUUUUAGCUAGACUUGGUGUGAAGUUCAAAAUUAUUGAUGAUAGACCAAGUGAAACUUCCUCAGGUAGGGCAGAUGGGAUCCAACCAAAGACUUUGGAAACAUUUAAACAACUUGGGUUAUUGGAACAGAUUGAAUCUCAAGGUGUCAAAAUUUUUGAUAUUACCUUUUGGAACCCAAGCACAGAUGGUUCAGAUUUGGUGAGAACAGGCAGAGAGGAUCACUUUCCCUCGGUCGUUGACCUUAGAGAUCCGUACAUUUUAUUGUUACAUCAAGGUAUCGUGGAAAAGGCAUUCACCAACGAUUUGAAACUCAGAGAUUUUGAGGUGGAAAGAAAUCAGAAGUUCAUUUCGUACUCAAUUAAUGACUCCAAUGCUUAUCAAGUCCAAUCAGAAAUUGUUGAUUCUACAAAUGGCCAACAUUUUGUCACCAGCUCCAAAUAUAUUGUUGGAUGCGAUGGUACUCGCUCUGCUGUCAGAGCUUCAAUGCCAAACAGUCAAGUUAAUGCAGAUACAACUGAUCUUCGUUGGGCCGUCAUCGAUGGGGUCUUGAACACAGAUUUUCCAGACUUUUGGAGCAAAACAGUAAUCAGAUCACAGAAUAAUGGUACAAUAUUAGGGAUUCCACGUGAAAGAGGCUUGACACGACUUUAUAUUGAAUUGCCUGGUGACUUUGAACAUGAAGAUUUGGUAACAGCGCAACCAGUGAUCAUGGAAAAGGCUAGAAACAUUAUAAGCCCAUUUAAACUUGAGUGGGAUAUAGUUGAAUGGUUCAGUAUUUAUAGAGUGCGUCAAGGUGUCACCACCUCAUUUAUUGAUAGAUCAAGAGCUUUUAUUCUUGGUGAUGCUUCACAUACUCAUUCAGCUAAUGCGGCCCAAGGUAUGAAUGUCUCAAUGCACGAUAGUUGGAAUCUAGGGUGGAAACUUGCUCUUGUUAUCAAAAAUAUUGGCUCCCCAAGAUUACUGGAAACCUAUGAACAAGAGAGAAUGAAGGUUGCUCAUGAUUUGAUCAAUUUUGACAAGGUCCAUACGAAAGCUUUUAAAAAGGGAGACCCCGUUGAACUUGCCAAAAACUUUGAACAAAAUGUGAAGUUCAUCUCUGGUAUUGGUGCUGAAUAUGAUAUGAACCUGCUUAACAAAUCUUCUGAUAAUGAACUGUUGGUGCCGGGUACUUUACCACCUCCUGUUGAUGCUCACAGAUAUGUUGACGCUAAUCCUGUUCACAUGGAAACAGAUGUCCCUACUCUUGGUCAGUUCAAGUUAUACUUUGCUGCAAAAGAUUUUAAAAUGAGUGAAAAGUUUCUUCAAAAGUUCAGUGAAAAGGUUCAGAAAUCUCCAUUUUUAAAUCUUUAUAGGAUUGCAAAGUUGGACUCUAAUCAAAUUAAACUUGAAAAGGAUCUAAUUAAUCAUAAAAGGUACACUCCAAUCUCACAAUUGUUCACCGUUUGCCUUGUCACUGAAUCUUCAAAGAAAGAAAUUGAGUUGAAUGAACUGCCUGACUUUUUCAAACCAUACAAAUGGACUGUUUACUUGGAUGAUCAAGAAGAAAGAGGUCCGUUUCAGAAAUGGUUUCCAAAUUCUACAGAUUCUGUUUCGUUGCUUAUUUUACGUCCUGAUGGGUAUAUAGGGGCAAGUAAGUCAUUUGGAAUUGAUUCUGAUGCGGUUGAUGCCGUUGAAUGGCUUCAUAAUUACUUUUCACCAUUACUAGUUUGA